AUGUGUGCCAUCGAUUCGAAGCCUCGAGAUACAGGAACCUCGGGCCACAACGGCGGUCAUAGUAUUUUGAACAGCCAGGAGGAAAGACAAAAAUAUCAAAACAUUUACCGCUUUCUAAACAGGACAGAUGUCAACCGUGACGCCAAGAUUGAUCGUGUGCGUUUUUCCAAAGAUAAAAAGCCCGUUUUUGAACGAGAGUUUGACGAGCAGUGGAGUUCAAGUGCUUCUUGCUUUGCGACGGGCCCUCAUGCACAGCAGGAAGCUGAGGUCAUCAUUGUCGAGGAGAUUGACCCGGAGUGUUUGAGAGAGUUCCUUGCGACGCGGAUUCACAAUGAUGCCCAGCGCCAGUCCUUUCUUACUUUCGUGGAUGAGUAUCUACACGAUCACCCGAGCUUCAACUUCACUGAUGUGGAAUAUCGAAUUCGUGCUGCCCCGUCUGUGCAGAAUAAGCAGCAGCACGAAUUGCUCAUUCAUAUACAGCUGCGUGAAUUGGACCGACCUUUCAAGAUGAGCUAUUUUGAGAUUCAGAACUCCGCGCGCGAGUCUCGAGCUCUCAGAGGCUCUUACGCAUAUGGGCCACUGAAUCCAGUGCAGCGCCCACCGCUGACACCCGAUGAUGCCGAUUUCCCACCGCUUGCCAUCACAAGAGCUAGUCUAGCUAUUUGGUUUGAUGGUGAUCCCUGGAAUACUUGUGUGAUACUUGUCGACAAACGGGUGCCUUUUGUUGGGCUCCCUGGACAAGAGCGUCCGUCGCGUUAUGUUGUUGGCGCCCACGUGUACACGGGGCAUACUUCCAUGCGAUCUCUAAUCAUGGACUGCUUUCAAAAUAAUACGAAUCUGAGAAACGCCGGUAUACCAGCUCCGUUCACAGUCACGCAGGAUCUUCGCAGUAUUGUAGGCUACGAUUGGCUUAGGAUCGUUGGCUUCGUCACUCGAGACCUCUACUCGAUACACUGGGCUCUACAAGGAGGGGACCGCAUGUCGGAUGAGAACAACCAGGAGUUGUAUCGAACAGCCUUGCAGCAUUUGUUCUCAAUAGACAGACGGCUUGCAUGGUACUGCGGACUCAUUAAGGAACAGCUAGAUUCGUGCCGUUCUAAAGGGAAGCCAUUAUGGAAUGGGAAGAGCUUGGGUCUGGAGCAAGUUCGAGUCGCAGACCUGGUUUCCGAAGAGUUGGUGAUGGACUUUGAGGAUAUCAAGACUCAGAUUACACAGACUAACGAGAGGUUGGACAAGAGUAUUAGCUAUGUCAAUGGCCAGGUCAAUGUCAAAGAGGUCGAGAGAGCCAACGCGCAGAGCAAGAUUGUGCUGGCACUCGCAGUGGUGGGGGGCUUCUUCCUUCCAAUAAGUACCAUUGCAGCGAUUUUCAGCAUGGCAGAUGACUGGGCUCCAGGGAAGGAUGGGUUUGGCCAGUUUUGGGCUAUUUGCAUUCCCAUCUCUGCGUUAGUCAUGGUCAUACUAGUCAUGAUUAUUCGCUGGUCGACGAUCCUACGAUGGAUCGGGAGGUUAAGGAGAGCCAGUCAGAUGUGUGUUGAAGGGGCUGUUUAA